UAGUUGCCACUGACCAGAGAUCGUAAAACAACUAAAUAAAACGUAAAUCUAGCUUUAUAAAACAUGGGAGAAUGCUUAAAAGAUCCGAGCAAGACUUUAGUUUGCUCCUUUCUCAACUGUAAAGCUUCCUUUUCCAAAUCAUGGAAACUGGAAGCUCAUUACUGCAAACACACAGGUUUGAAACCGUUUGCAUGUGACAACUGUGAUAAGAGCUUCUGUACCCGGUACCAGCUUACGAGGCACAAUCUGAGCCACACUGGAGAGAAGCCUUACCUCUGCUCGACGGAAGGCUGUCCUGAGAGCUUUUCCAGUAGUGCUGGUUUGAAGAACCACAUCGCUCGCGUACACCAGCACAAGGAAAUACACUAUGUGUGUAAUUAUGAAGGUUGUGGGAAGGAGUUUCAUAAGAAUAAACAGCUGAAGGCUCACACAUGUGAGCACACAAACCAGUUACCAUUCGAGUGUCUGUAUGAGGGCUGUGGGAAGAAAUUUGCUGCCUCCAAAGCCUUGAAGAAACACGAGAAAGUGCACGAUGGUUAUCCGUGUGCUGAGGAGGGCUGUAAUUUCCAAGGUAAAACAUGGACAGAGUAUCAGGCUCACAGGAAAGCAAAGCACAGAGAGAUACUGCAGUGCGACAGCUGUACCAAGACUUUCCAUGAAGCCUGGUUUCUGAAGAAGCACCAGCUGAAGGUCCACUUGGGUGUACGCCAUGUGUUUAAGUGCACCAGGGCGGGGUGUGAAAAAACCUACACCACCCACUUCGGUCUGCAGAACCACAUUCUGUCCUUCCACGAGGGCAAACGCACGUUCAUCUGUGCUCAUGCUGGAUGUGGUAAAGCCUUCGCCAUGGAGGAGAGCUUGAAGCGACACGCUGUCGUGCAUGACCCUCAGAAGAAAAAACUGCUGAAGACAUCCAAACUGGGACAGAAGAAGCGUAAAUCAAAGGCGAAACCGAGUGCCUCUGAACUCUCUGCACACCUGGAAAAUAUCUCUUUAAACCAGGCCAAAAACCCCAAACCAAAGUAAAUAUUUCAAGAAGACCCCUGCUUAUUUUUCUUAAAAUGUCAGCCCUCGUUAUACCUUACUUUCAAGUAUUACGUUUGUCACCACAUGGUUAAUAAACUCACUUCCCUGCAGUGAUGGUUUUGUGUUCGAUUAAAUAAGUCGUAUGCUGGAGAUGUCACAUGACCUCUGAUUAAUAAAGCUGAUGACUAGCAUAAGAGGUUCUAGUUUCUGAGUUGGGUAUAGGACUAAGGAUCCAAUUUUGUUGUUCAGUUGUUGUAAAUAGCAGAAUGCAGGGUUCAAGCUGGAAAACCUCUUCAUUUCAUGAUGUAACUGUAAAUAAACGUCAGUGAUUUGAUGUGUUAUCAGUGGGUGAGGUUACUUAAAGUUAAUGGGAAAACCGAUUAUGCAAAUGUGUCUUCAAAUGCCGUAAUUCCUGUGUUGUAC